AAGUCUUUCCUAAAAUUUCGACUGGUCUCCGAGUCCGAAGAUAAAGUUUGUGGUUUCGGCAAUUUCCGCCAGAAGCCGUAUGACAAGUAUCACUCAUUGGAUGAAUGUCCCUUUAUGAUUACAAAUCGAGGUGAUAAUAAAAAGCAAAUCUCCAAAAUAACAAUUAGAUGGACGACUCCUGAAUGUGGAUGUGUCAGAUUAAGCGCUGUUAUUAUCUCAGACGAUGAGGCCAGUCACUUUGCCAACGAUGACCAUUUAACAAAGAGAGUGUGUAUACAAGGUGAGCCCAAAAUACCAAAGAAAUCUGUCAAUCAUGUUGUACCGUCUCCGAUGACUGAUGAUGUCAACGACCCAGAUGUACAGAGUGAUGAAAAGGAAAUGAUUGGCCUUGAUGACGAGGAAUCACAUUAUGACGUGGAUGAUGAUGAGGAUGCAAUGGUUGACAAAACAGUUAAAACACAUUUAGACAAUGCAAAGGGUACGAUAAAAAGGACUGGCAAUGGCAACCCUGGUGGAAUGAGGAGAAAUAUAGAACGGGGUAUACAGGCAGUCAAAAGGGUCUUUAAACCAGUUAUGGGAAAAUUACAACCACACAGGGGACAAAGAAUGAGACAAGGACACAGACACCAUGAGAGAAGCAAAGACUGGAGUGAAAGAGUGGAGCACAUGUGUUCAAAGAUUAGAGAGGAAAGUGACAUAGAGAUGGGUACCUUAAAUCGAUGGGGAUGGAAAGUCAUGUGGCACCGUAUUGAACAGUUCUGGGCAAAGUUAGAUGGGGAUGAAGGGACAGACAUUGAAGAGAUAGCUCA